AUGGCAACCAACACCGCUGCAUAUGCAGCGGUGCCAUCGAAUUACUUGGGUCUGGGUUGCUUGGUAUUUCAAGAUACGUCAACAGACGAACUGAGUAGAGAAUCCCAGGAGUGGCAGUGGCUCAGCGGAGCACCGGCCAUCUCGACAAGCGAUGCGUCGAUUGUCUCCGAUCUUGCAAAGCUGCUGGAAAGCCACUGGAUUCGUCUCCAAUUCAAGCGCUGUGAGCGGCAGCCCCAAUGGCUAAUCUACCGUGUCCAUGUCUUAUUUCACGACGUCGCUCGAGGAGUCGUCAACCACCAGAAUCGACGACUGACUCUUGCUGUCGACAAUGUCUUGCGGAACCUUGAUACCUCUCCCAACACAUGGCAAGGACAGUAUACCCCUGGAGAGGAGCAACGCUUCGAUAGAUGGGCAACCAGGGCGGAGGGAAAUCCCAGCUUAUGGUAUCUGUUCAACACGCUUCCUUCCCCACGGCCGUCGGCGGUCGACGUAAAGGAGAAGUAUGCGCGUGAAGCUCUGGAAGACCUGCUGGAGGGCAAUGUUCCAGGACUCCGCACGAAGCUGUUCCCCUACCAAGGCCGCGCAGCAGCCGCCAUGCUUUCUAGAGAGUGUGUUGAUCAAAGCGAUAUCGAUCCUCGAUUGGAGAGAAGGGUGUCUCCAUCUGGGCGUGUCUUCUACUACAGUCCGCGGGACACCGAAUUCUUACGAGAACCACGAUAUUUCCAGCGUUGUCGUGGAGGUAUACUAUCAGAGACCAUGGGGCUGGGAAAGACCGUCAUGUGCCUCGCGUUGAUACAAGCGACUAGACACCAACUACCCAAAGUGCCCAUUCCUUAUGCUCUGCCAGAGGUGCGUCGAUCUGUUGCUAGCCUGGCGGACAUGGCAGUUGCUGCAAUCAAUCGCAAUUCUGUUCCCUGGAAGAUCGAGUUCGAAAGGAUCAAAGAGGCCACCGGAAUGGAGCUCACCAGCUGUAUUGAGCGGCUGAACAACUGCCUGCCAUCAUAUGUGCUCCCCUUUGAGCCCAUUCGAUGGAAUCGGAACACAACUAUUCCGAAGCCAGAGAGGAUGUUGCUUGCAGCGACAAGUCUGGUCGUCGUUCCUCGCAAUUUAGUGAAACAAUGGCAGUCGGAGAUUGCGAAGCACUUGGACUCCAUUCGAAUUCUAGUAAUGGAUGAUGCGAAAAAAUCACUGCCAGAGCCCGAAGAAAUAUGUACAUUUGAUAUCGUGCUAUUUUCUCGCAACCGCUUUGAGCUCGAAAUCAAUCACGGCUCGGACAAGGAUGGACGGCGCAUCGUGAAGGCUCCUCUGGCUUGUCGUUGCGCAUACAUUGGAGCAACGCGGGAUCGAGAUUGUACCUGUCUCAAAGAGGAGAUGCUCUAUACCUCCCCGCUUAAGAGAUUGCAUUUCAAGCGGCUUCUAAUCGACGAAGGUCACUAUGCAAGCCAAACAAACAACGCAAUCUUGGUUGUUCGCAAUUUGAUCACAGCAGACCACAACUGGUUGGUAUCGGGAACGCCCGCAAAAGGGCUACUUGGUGUCGAGGUCGACGUUUCAGCAACAGAUGAGUAUUCAACUCUCCUCGAGCAGCGGAGACAUUUCGAUGACAAGUUGGACCGUACUGGCGCUAUUGAAAGCCUCGGAGCGAUUGCCGGCAAGUUUCUGGACAUUACACCCUGGUCGGAGCGUGACAGUGGCGCGUUCAAAGAAUAUGUGUAUCGGCAUGAGGGAGCGAACACAUACUCCGGAUUCUCCGCCUGCUUUGAGCAUGUACUCGCGGCCAUGGUUAUUAAGACAAGGCCAGGCGAUGUUGAGCUUAAGCUGCCACCUCUGCACCACAAGAUUGUCCGAAUUGAACCAUCCUACUACGACAAGAUGAUCGCCAACUUGUUUACGCUUGUUCUUACUGCCAACGCCGUGACCUCGGAGCGUGUGGAUCAGGACUAUCUCUUCCACAAGAACAGCGCGAAAGAUCGCAUAUCCUUAGUGAACAACCUAAGACAGUCCACGUUCUGGUGGACAGGUUUUGAAGCACAGGAUGUUGUGGCAGUGGGGAAAAACAGCAGAACUUAUCUUAGCAAGGAAGACAGCAAUUGUACUCCGGAAGAUCGUGAGCUGUUGUUAUCGACAUUGGAGUCUACGGAGUUGCCAAUUCUCGAGUCCGAAGGUUGGAAGGCAAUGAGCAGGUGCCACGAAUUGGGCAUCUUUGUAGAGGACUGGCCCGAAGAUACGGCUGAGCACUGGUCUUUCGAGACAACAACGAAAUCGAAGCGAGUGCUCACUGGGUUGUCGUUCUUACUGGAAGCACAGCGAUUUGUGAACCACCGCGUGGCAAUGCCCGAUCCAGGCGAGGGACUCGCUGGGCUGGGAAUCAAAUCACUUGCUCCCGCGAGAGAUGCGGCGAAGGUGGACACCGCAGAAAUCCAGCAUGGUGCUACGAGUACUCAAAGCGAACCUACAACUAGAACCGAACAGGAAGUUACAGCGACGAAGAGGGCCAGCAAGAAGGCCCGCAAGAGAGAACGGUAUCGCAAGGCGGCAGCAGAAAAGCGCCGCGAGGACGAAGAGCGAAAGCGAAAAGUGCAGAGUAAGAAGGAGAGCGAACACCACUCAGUACUGACAAAGUCUGGAAUUCCGAGAUCCAGCCUAGAUGGCGAGCCCACACUGCUCAGGAAGCGGCGCGUUUCCUCCUCUCAGCAGACUGUCACGGGCAAGCGGCGUCGACCUUCAGCUCCUAUCAAUCAGACAGUAGAAGGACCCGGACAAGCUACCGCGCUUCUAUUGGGCUCUCCAUACGCUCGAGCCAAGAUUGUGGGGACAACCAGCGCCAAAAUGAGCUACCUGAUGUCACAGAUACUGAAGCAUUGUCCGCAUGAAAAAAUCCUUGUGUUCUACGAAGGAGACAAUAUUGCAUACUACAUUGCACAGAUGCUCGACCUGUUUGACAUCAAGCAUGAGAUCUAUGCGAAGAGUUUAUCAGCGCAGCAAAAGGCAGCGUACGUGGCCAAGUUUGAAGAGCAGACGGAGGAUCGAGUAUUGCUGAUGGAUGUCAAGCAUGCUUCUCACGGUUUGAACAUUCCGUCGGCGAGUCGCAUAUACUUUGUUAACCCUGUUUGCCGCCCGGAUAUUGAGGCUCAGGCUAUCAAACGUGCGCACAGAAUCGGCCAGACGCGAGAGGUCUACGUCGAGACUCUGGUGCUGAAGGGUACGCUGGAGGAGGAGAUGCUGGAAAGAUCGAGACGCAUGACCAAAGCGGAGCAUGACAAUGCAAAGGCUCUUGAAGAUGAUGGUGGCAUUCGCGAGAUCAUACAGAGUGCUCGUGCCAUGACCUUAAAUUCUGAUGAACGUGAUCAAAUGGCUCCUUUGACAAGCCCAGCAGAGCAGUUAUGGGGUCGAGUGGGAUGGCAUGGGAAAGGUGUGCAGCCCAGCAAGAAACGCUUUGUUGAUGUUACUGAUCACGAGGCGGUGGGAAUUGUUAUUGAUGACGGUGACGAUGAAGAGGACAAGCAGGAGAUAAAGCGGCAGCGAAUGACCGCACAAUAG